AUGUCAGGGAAAAAAGGACUUGAUCUUGAAGUUCUGAGCGACCCAACAAACCCUGGAUUCCAAAAGGAGCUAAAACACUCCCUUCAUGUUGUUACUCCAAGAACUGUUAAGCAAUUCUAUGGUACAGUUUUAGAAUUAUUCAAAGCUGGAAAUUUAACAAAGGAACUUGGAAAUGAAGUACUUUUAUCAAUCUGCAAACUUGUUCAGGACAAACAAUAUAUUACUCCGUUUGUUUCUGGAAAGUAUAUUGUCGAUCUUCCAUUUGGUAAUAACGCAUACACUGAUCAAUUACUUGAUUUGCUUUGCUUUUUGGUUCGUGGUGAUCCAGAUGCUCUUUCUCCUGAUAUAGCACCUCAAUUUGCAAAACUCGUUGAACAACAACCGGAAAAAACGUUAGUUUUGCUUGCAAUUCUUGCGCAGAAAUUCGAUAGAAUCGAAGACCCAUGGCCCAUAUUCGAAGUCCUCGUUAAAAAUCCAAAACCAUUCAAUAACGAAAAUCUUUUUGGAAAUUAUGUUGCUCUUUUGAUUUAUCUCAACAAAAACUACGAACCAUUCCGUCAGGCAUACUCCAAGAAGACAUGGAGAGCCUUCAGUUCCUGCUUAAAGGAUGCAUCAAGUGAUAUUGCUCGUACUUGCCUUUGUGGACUUUGCGCAGUCUUCGAUAUCAACCCAAAGGUUGCUCAAAAGGCAGGAUAUCCUACCGCCGAAGUCGCCAAAUUCCUCAAAAACCAAGAAACAAAAUCCGCCGUUAUUCCAUUACUUCUUCGCGCACAGCCCAAGGACGAUCCUCCUGAGCAACUCAGACCUCUUAUACAGAAUCUUGUACGCGUUGCUGCUACCGAGAAGAAAGCAACUUUAAUUUUGAUGGAAAUGGCAACAAAUCCAUCAGUUGCCGAAAUUCUCGUAGAAAAUCCGAAAUGGAUUAGUGAACAGUUGCCAACAGUCAUCGAAACAGUCCGUCUUUUCGCUGUAGUUCUCGCUCAUAAGGAACUUCGUAAAUCUUUGAUGGAAAAUCCAACGUACGUCAUUAAAUUGUUCCUUAACAUGAUUGAUCAAGAAGACAGCGCCAUUUGCUCAAUUAUCUGUACAUUUACGAGAAGAUUACCAGUUACAGAAGAUUUCGUUAAGCGUCUCGGAAAAUCUGGAUUCAUCCGUGCCUACAUCGAUCUCUUCCUCAAGAGUGAUGAUCCGAACGUAAAAUUGAGCGGAAUUCUUUUCAUCAAUACUUUAUCUGAGGCUGGAUACCACGAAGACUACAUUAAACUUAUUGAGAACAUGAUGCCAAUGCUCAAGGAUGAGCAGUUGAAGAAGACGGCCGCUGCUGUGGCUGCAACUCUCGCAAAACACUCAAAACUUCAUUCUGUAUUCCGAGAGAAAAAGAUUACAAAGUUCUUCAGAAAUGCUGUGAACGAUGAAGAGCUGAAGAAACAGGCGAAGAAAUUCAAUCGGAAUUUUGAAGAAGCAGAACAAAAAUAG